CCCACUCCAUCUAUCCCUCACCCUCUCUGUGAAAUGCAAGUUCUUCAAGCCCCGUCUUCGCCAUGUCUCUCCUUAAGCUCAAAAUUGCCAUCAGAAAAAUCACUUCCAGUCUCAGCAUUCAAAUUUCUCUCUGUGCAGUCCCAGAGACAUAUAAACUCGAUGUGGGGAUCGCAUAAAUCAUCGCUUCUCAGCCGCAUAACUGCUGAAGCUGCUUCUGUUGAAGUUGGUGCUUCUGCAAUAUCGACCAGUGCAGUUGAAAAUGAUGUGUUGAAAGCUUUGUCUCAAAUCAUUGAUCCUGAUUUUGGGACAGAUAUUGUCUCAUGUGGAUUUGUGAAAGAUCUGCAUGUUGAUGAAUCAUCAGGAGAGGUCUCAUUUCGAUUAGAGCUGACUACACCAGCAUGUCCAAUCAAGGACAUGUUUGAGCAGAAAGCAAAUGAAGUGGUGGCAAUGCUUCCUUGGGUUAAAAAUGUUAAAGUGACAAUGUCAGCACAACCAGCAAGACCUGUCUCUGCUUUGCAACUUCCAGCAGGGUUGCAGACAGUUUCAAAUAUUGUAGCGGUUUCUAGUUGUAAGGGAGGCGUAGGAAAAUCAACUGUGGCUGUAAACCUUGCGUACACUUUGACUGGCAUGGGUGCUAGAGUUGGUAUUUUUGAUGCUGAUGUCUAUGGACCAAGUUUACCAACAAUGGUUUCCCCUGAAAAAAGGCUUCUAGAAAUGAACCCAGAGAAGGGAUCAAUAAUUCCAACUGAAUACUUGGGGGUCAAGCUAGUAUCUUUUGGAUUUGCUGGAAAAGGUCGUGCAAUAAUGCGUGGUCCAAUGGUUUCUGGGGUCAUCAACCAGCUAUUGACUACUACUGAGUGGGGAGAACUUGAUUACCUUGUCAUUGACAUGCCGCCGGGAACUGGUGAUAUUCAACUUACAUUGUGCCAGGUGGUGCCAUUAACUGCUGCAGUCAUUGUUACCACCCCACAAAAGCUUGCUUUUAUUGAUGUUGCAAAAGGAGUUCGCAUGUUUUCGAAGCUUAAGGUGCCAUGUGUGGCUGUGGUUGAAAACAUGUGCCACUUUGAAGCUGAUGGAAAGCGCUAUUUCCCCUUUGGUAGAGGUUCAGGCUCUCAGGUUGUCCAGCAAUUUGGAAUCCCCCAUCUGUUUGAUCUUCCCAUUAGACCAACAUUAUCUGCUUCUGGGGAUAGUGGAAUGCCUGAAGUGGUGGCUGAUCCUCAAGGUGAAGUUGCAAAGACAUUUCAGAACCUCGGAGUGUGCAUUGUGCAACAGUGCGCAAAAAUUCGCCAACAAGUGUCAACUUCUGUUACCUAUGAUAAAUCUAUCAUGAAAAUCAGAGUGAAGGUACCAGAUUCUGAUGCAGAGUUCCUUCUACAUCCUGCAACUGUGCGGAGAAAUGACCGCUCUGCGCAAAGUGUGGAUGAAUGGACUGGGGAGCAAAAAUUGCAGUAUACUGAUGUUUCAGAUGAUAUUGAGCCUGAGGAAAUUCGGCCUAUGGGAAAUUAUGCCGUAUCAAUUACAUGGCCGGAUGGAUUUAGCCAGAUUGCUCCCUAUGAUCAGUUGCAAGCAAUGGCGUGGUCAGUUGAUGCUCCUGUACCAACUCCUGCAUAGGUGAAAACCUUAUUAGAUGCUAUCUUGGAAUAAGUUUCUUGGCAGCCAUAAGAAGAGAGAGAGAGAGAGGUUCUAAUCCUUUUGUUUUCCUGCAGGCUUGAUACCUUCAAAUGAAUGGGAGACUAGAGAAUGGAGGGUGCUUCUAAACACAGUUAAUGGAAACAAGAGCUGGAGUUGUGAUAAGCUCCUAAAGCUUCUCUCUCUCUCUCUCUCUCUCUCUCUCCCCUUUUAAGUGCAAUUUUGGAUACUAAUGUAAUAUUUUAAUAGUAAAAAAUAUAAUAUCUUUCCAUUUUCCAGCCA